AUGUGGCGCCCGCUGUGCGGCGGGCUCGGGAGUCCUCCACCGUCUUCGUCUUCAUCUCUGCUAGUCAUUCGACAGAUAUCGACCACAAGAAAUGCUGGAAGCAUGGCAGUACCAAUCAUGAAUAGCAUUCGUCCCACACUCCGCCAUUUGCAGCCCGCGACGCUCUUCCGAGCUCUUCCGCCAACUUUGAAUCGCCUUCCUCGACUUCCGUUGCCCUCAACCCGCUUGUUUUCUCAAACACCCUCAGUCCGUCUCCUUGCGCCGCCACUCAAUAUCCCAAAAUGGCUCUCAGAGAAUUCCCACCUCCUCAAACCCCCCGUGAACAACUACUGCGUUUACAAUGACCCGCUCACCAUCAUGAUCGUCGGUGGUCCCAAUGCGCGAACUGAUUACCACAUCAAUGAGACACCCGAGUGGUUCUAUCAAUACAAAGGCUCUAUGUUGCUCAAAAUCGUCGACGACGGACAGUUCCGCGACAUUCACAUAAACGAGGGAGACAUGUUUCUGCUGCCUGCGAAUACCCCACACAAUCCAGUGAGAUUCAAAGACACAGUGGGUGUAGUAAUGGAGCAACCUCGACCUGAAGGAAGUCUAGACAGACUCAGAUGGUAUUGCCAGGAGUGUGGCGAGAAAGUGCAUGAAAAAGCAUUCCAUUGCACAGACUUGGGAACCCAAAUCAAGGCAGGAGUCGAGGCUUUCAAGAACGAUAAACAGGCGCGGACAUGUAAAAACUGCGGGACCUUGUGCGAUACCGCACCAAAACCGCAAGAAUAG